AUGGAGAGCAUUUCGAAGAAAAGCGGAGAUUAUGACACUCCAGAGCAGCUCGUUUCGCCUGCAUCAAAAGUCUCCACCAGUCCCAUGAAGGCAGACGCGUUUGAAGCUCAGUUUGGUAAAUGCACCCAAAUCGAGCAGUUUCAACCUGAAAUUUUGGACCCAGACGAAGAGAGGUUAGUCGAACCUUUUGGGGUCGACAGUUGGGGCUCUCUCGCGUCAGCCAAAAAGUGUUGCAAAAAGUGCAGAUGCUGCAAAAGGAAGAACGCAUAUGAAUGGGGUGAAGAUACUGUUGCUGCAUACACGGCCAUGAAGAGAAGAACAAACAGAGAAAUUCUAUGGGAUGACUUUGAACGGUCAUGGCGCAUGGACCUUUCCGGCUUCACCAAAAACGGCACAUUUGAUACAGAAGGCGGGCCGGACGCGGAUAUACUCAUUCACCAUUGCCAAGUGUAUGUCCUAGCAGAUCGCUAUGGAAUCACUCGACUGAUGGACGUGUCACUGCAAAAGCUCCACCAAGCUUUGGUCAAGUCCAAGAUACCUAAGAACAACCUUAACGGCAUCGUGGCACUGGUACGAUUUUGCUAUGGAGAGUUGGUUCCCGAAAAGCUGAGACAGAUGGUGAUCCAUUAUAUUUCUUGUAACGUGGAGGCUUGUGGAAGAUUAAGGAGUUUCAGGAGCUUUUGGAGGAGUAUGGCG